AUGCUUGGGAUUGAAAUGGAAUUAAUGUUGGGCUCAAUCGAUGACAUAAUUAUAGAAAAAGGAAUUCAAUUACCAGAAUCCAUGGUACUUGAGAUCCUAUUUCAACUAUGCACGGCUUUACAAUUUAUUGAAAAGGCCAACAUUGUCCACAGAGAUAUUAAGCUACCAAACAUUCUUGUGAGAAAAUUUAAUCUUGACACUCAGGAAAUUAUUGUUGUAUUGGGAGAUUUUGGUCUUGCAAGAAAUUUAUCGUCCAUUAAAUAUACGACUCUCAUAGGAUCACGUAAUUAUUGGUCUCCUGAAUUAGAACAGUACCGAGUAGCGAAGGAUGAGGCAGAUGAAAGCCCACCAUUUUCAUUCGCAAGUGAUAUGUUUGCUCUUGGAGUAACUGUGUAUCAGUUGAUGACUUUAGAUACAACUGUUUCAUUGUCAACCUUAGUAUCUACACAUUCAAAUUCCUCCAAUUUUAUUCAACAAUUUACCAAAGAUCGUUCGAAAGAAAAGUAUUCUGAUUUUUUAAUGAACUUGGUUGCGUGUAUGCUAAAAUAUUCUCCAGAAGAAAGAAUAACAUCUUCAGAUAUUUUGCAGCAAAUUUCCCUGAACACAGACAUCACGGACAAUGUGGUCAUACACGAGAAAGUAAGAGCUCUCAAAGCCCCAGGAGACUCUUACAAUCUAAAAACGGUCAUGGAAUAUUUGGAAGGGCUUCAUUAUAACUCGAUAGAAAUUGAAUGGGCCCAAAAAACAGCAAAUCAAGGAAAUGUUGUAGCACAAUUUUUGCUUGGGCAGUUUUAUUAUUAUGGACAUGAUGUUUCUCAAGAUUAUACGAUAGCAUUUGAAUGGACUCAAAAAUCAGCCAAUGAAGGUUUUACUGUGGCGCAAUGGUACCUUGGACUAUUGUAUGAGGAUGGAUGUGGUGUUUCACAAGAUUACUCCAAAGCAAUUGAAUGGAUUGAAAAAUCUGCAAUUCAAGGAAAUGCUGAAGCACAGUUGUUGCUUGGAGAGAGUUAUUUUUUGGGAAAAGGAGUAACACAAGAUUAUUGUAAAGCAUUUAAAUGGGUUCAUCGGUCUGCAAAUCAAGGAUGUGCUUUGGCAAUGUGUAACCUUGGUGUCUUGUAUGAACACGGAUAUGGAGUUACACAAAAUUAUUCCAAAGCAAUCGAAUGGUUUCAAAAAUCAGCAAUGCAAGGACAAGUUGAAGCGCAAGCUAAACUUGGAGUAAUGUAUUUCACUGGAACAAGUGUGUCACAAGAUUAUUCAAAAGCAUUUGAAUGGUUUGAAAAAGCAGCAAAUCAAGGAAUGAUGGAUGCACAGUUUAUGCUUGGAGUUUUGUAUUGUUACGGUGAAGGCACUUCACAAGAUUAUUCUAAGGCAUUUGAAUGGAUUGAAAAAUCAGCAAUUCAAGGAAAAGCUGAAGCACAAGCUGUACUGGGGGAAAUGUAUGAGGGGGGAAAAGGUGUUCCUUUGAAUUUCUCAAAGGCAAUUGAGUAUUAUCGACAAUCUGUACAACAAGGAUUUUUUAAAGCUCUGAAUCCGUUGAUAGAGCUGACGACAAGACUAAAUAUUACACAAUUGCAGUGA